AUGUACAGUUCUACGUCCGACGAUGCUCGCGCAGAGCUGACACAACAGCUGGAUGAGCUUCUGAAUACGCUUUCCAACAAGUUUGCUGGCGUGUCAAGUGAGAUCUUCGCAAAGAUGGACGAGAUGUCCAGGAGAAUCGACAGCUUGGAGGCAGCCUUAAUGGCGAACAACGAUCGAGAUUCUGGUACGAAGCAAUCAUAG